AUGCCUACGCCGAAACCGCUCCCGGACUGCGAAGGUCCAAAGCUGGAAUGUUUCACGGAUGAUAUCACAAAGCACAACUUCAAGUUGCUGGAAUAUCUCGGGGGAGGCUGCCACUCCAAGGUACUCAAAGCCGAGAUCGAUGACAAGAUCUACGUCAUCAAGUUUUUUUUUCGGGAUACCAUGCACGAGCCGCACUUCGAAAUGACACCGCUUGACGACUACACCAUCGACGCAGAUGAAUAUUACCCCCUGGUUGCAAGCGAUGAGAUGCCCCAGCGUGUAGUCGAUAGCCUACGUCUCCACGCCACAUCCUUCAACAACGAAUGUCGCGCCUACGGCAGGCUCAAGGAACUCGGCCAGGAGCAUCUCGCCCUCAAAGCGCACGGUUAUCUACGCGUCUACUUGCAUCAGAUCGAGGAGCAGCUCCAGGACGCGUACCGUCGCGCCUAUCCCGCAGGUCCCCCAAGAACCGCACAGUUCCUCAUGCGCCAUGAUGACGCCGACGCCCCCAUCAUGGCUAUCGUCAAAGACUGGGUCCCGGACCACCGAACGACUGCAACGACCAUGACCCGCGAAGCGGAACAUAGGCAGUUACGUCACCUACCGCGCAUGCUUCGAAACCUCCGCCAGCUCCAUCGGUGCGGCAUCGUUGUGCGCGAUCUCAAAGCCCAGCAGUACUAUGAGGGCCAGCUAGGCGACUUCAGCCAUGCCUGGACAAUUCCACAUGUUUUUGGUCCCGAGGGUGGGGUACGACCGCCCUGGACCUUUGCAAGUAUGGCAGCCUGGGACCUCAAGUGUUUCCAGCUCAUGAUCGACGAUGCGAACAAGUCUGCGCAAAGGGCUGAGCCGCCACUGAGGAAAUGUAACUCGUGUGCCUGGCGCAACUAUGAGCGCUAUAGCAGCCUUCGCCCUCGUCCCGGCACGCAAAGACCUUUUCUCCCCCUGCUCAACUACGACGACGGGCGUAAAUGGGAAAUGAAUUACGAUCCUCCAUACGACCCGGCACUCUUCGACUGGAAGGCCAUCCAAAAACGGACAACAAACAAGUCCAUUGGCAAUAUCCCAAAGAAGGAGUCCACCGGCGGUGUCUCAAAGAAGAGAAAGGCCACUACCACUGGGAGAGCCCGGCAGAAAAAGAAGGUCAAGAGCAAGACGAGGAAACGAUAG